CGUUGCAUCUCUUGUCAGAUAUAUAUCACGUACAUUUCACAGCUAGUCAGCAAGAGACAGAGAAGGAAAGAGGGAGGAAAUAGAAAGCAUUUUAAGAAAGACAAAAUCCUGCACUGAGUCUACAAGACAGUCUGUCACAUAGUCACAUGCAUGGCGGCUCUUUGUUCUUCUCUGUCAGGCAGCAGCUUUGAGACUGAGUUCCUAAAUACUCACAAUGCACUUCGCAAACAGCAUGGCGCCCCGCCCCUCACCAUAAACAAAAACCUAUGUCGCUCCUCACAAGCAUGGGCGGAACACCUGCUGUCAAUCAGGACCCUCAAGCAUAGCAACAAAGACUAUGGAGAAAAUCUGUAUUAUGCUUGGGCUUCAGCUACCAAAAAACUCACAGGACGAGAGGCAGUGGAAAGCUGGUACAGUGAAAUUAAAGACUACAACUUCUGCAGGCCGGGAUUCAGCUCCAAAACAGGUCACUUCACACAGGUAGUGUGGAAGGACACAAAAGAGAUAGGUGUGGGACUGGCCACUGAUGGAACCACAACUUUUGUGGUGGGUCAGUACCUUCCUGCAGGAAACAUCACCAAUGCGGGCUAUUUUCAGCGGAAUGUCUUACCGGCAGGUUCCCCUAUAGACUCAAAGUCCUCUGGUACUGCCAACAGAGGUGGACAAGUGCAUGGACCAUCUGACAUCUAUACAACGAGACCACCAUCAGUUCCUCGCAGUACUGAAACAUCACCACCAGGGGCCAAGAGGGAGCCUCAUCUGGUUAGCAGCAGCUCAAAAGACAGCAGCUUUGAGAAUGAAUUCCUACAAACUCACAAUGCAUACCGCAAAAAUCAUGGAGCCUCACCCCUCAACAUAAACAAAAACCUGAGUCGCUCUGCACAGGAGUGGGCGGAACACCUUCUGUCAAUCAGGACCCUCAAGCAUAGCAAUGGAGAGUAUGGAGAGAAUGUGUACUAUGCCUGGAGUUCAGCUACCAAAAAACUCACAGGACGAGAGGCAGUGGAAAGCUGGUACAGUGAAAUUAAAGACUAUAACUUCAGCAGGCCUGGAUUUAGCUCCAAAACAGGUCACUUUACACAGGUGGUGUGGAAGGACACAGAGGAGCUGGGAGUUGGAUUAGCCACAGAUGGAAAAACAACCUUUGUGGUGGGUCAGUACCUUCCUGCAGGAAACAUUAGCAAUGCUGGCUAUUUUGAAAGAAAUGUCCUACCAGCAGGCUCGCCUGUAGAGUUAAAAUCCACCCCAUCUGCUGACAGAGUUGGACAAGCACUUGUUGCUCUCAGCAUCAGGCCAAAUCCAUUACCUUCACCAUCUCACACUUCUGGACCAUCACAUAAGAGUCAGACUCCACAGAGCAGCAGUUCAAAAGGUGAGGACUUGUCCCAGUUUCGUCAGUCUCUCCUUGAGGCUCAAAAUCACUACAGACGGCAACAUGGGGCACGGCUUCUCUCGCUAUGCCCCAUCCUCUGUAAAGAGGCUCAGGAUUGGGCAGCACAUCUGAUUAGCAUUAAUGCCUUGAAGAACAGUGGCAAAGGUCAUGGCGAGAAUAUGUCAUACAAAUGGACGUCCAAUAUGGUGCCUCCAACAGGAAAAGAGAUUGCUGAAUCGUGGUACAAGGAAAGUGCAAAGUACAACUUUGCAAACCCUGGCUUUCAAAGUGGAGCUGGUAACUUUACCCAGAUGAUCUGGAAGUCUACAGAGCAAUUUGGGGUUGGCCUUGCAUCAGAUGGAAAAGGCAAGUUCAUUACUGUGGCCUUUUACAAACCCCCUGGUAACAUCACCAACCCUGGCUACUUCCAGGAUAAUGUCAAACCUGCUGGAAGGUGAUCUGUUCAAAAAAUUAGUUUAAGCAGAUCUUAAACAAUACAAAUGUACAAACAGAAAACAUCAGUUUGCAUUUGUUAAGUUCAAUACUUGACAAUAUGUUUGUUUGUGCUGAUGUAUGUUCUCCUUUUUGACAUUCAUUUGUUCUCUGUCCUUUACUGUUGUCUCUGCAUAUAGAAUUUUAUAAAGACAUGACAUUAAUCAGGGUUGAGGAGUAACGAAAUGCAUGUAAUGGGAAUACGUAUUUAAAAUACAAAAUAUAAGUAACUGUAUUCCACUACAGUUACAAUUUAAAUCAUUGGUAAUUAGAAUACAGUUACAUUAAAAAAGUAUUUUGAUUACUGAAGAGAUUACUUUGCAUUUUAUUGUCAUUUGUUUCAUUUAAUAUUUAGUCCUUUCAGAUGGAAAACAUUUAUACAUAUAAAUGGUGCGAUCCAAAGUGCAUUUGAACAGCGGUGAAACACUUUCUUAUGAUGUGUUACAUUCAUACGAGCAGACAGAGAAGUAAGUUUGAAGUUUGGAGCUCAAGAAAUAGAAAUAAACCUUGUGUAAAUUGUUAGCUUUACGCUAAGCUAAAAUGCUAUUUCUAGCCAUUUUACAUGCACAUUAACAGGCACGAUCAUAUUUUGUUAUCAAGAAAAUUCACGUUGGAUCAUAAUUUCUUUUUUUCUUGUAAGAUGUUUGAUAUUAAGGCAAAAAUCGUAUUCUUGAUAAUAAUUUUUGUAUUAUUUUUCUGUAAAAAUAUCAAAAAAUCCUUUAAACAAGAUCAGUUUGAUUGAUCUUGUUUUAGAAACAACACUGCAUAAGAUAUUUAGUUUUUUCAGAGAAUGUAUUUUUAACAUGUGUAUUUUGUCUUACUGUACUGGCAGAGUUUUAAUAGUAAAAACAAGUGAAAAAAUCUACCAGUGCUGAAGAAGUAAUCCAGAAGUAUUUAGAAUACGUUACUGACCUUGAGUAAUCUAACAAAAUACGUUACAAAUUACAUUUUACAACAUGUAUUCUGUAAUCUGUAGUGGAAUACAUUUCAAAAGUAACCCUCCCAACCCUGCUUAUAAUGUACAGAAGCCAGGGAUGGCAUGAAAAAUCCUUAUAAAAUAAAAGAUUAGGGUUUUAACUAAAAAAAGGCAUUAUUAAUCUAAAGCAAAUAUUGUUUCCGUGUAGUUAGUUAUCUUAAAUACAGUCUAUACACUAUGAAGGGACUGAUUUAUUGGAGUUCUAAAGGAAAGUUUGGGAGGAGCACUUUCAUCUAAUCUUGCAAUUACCACUAGAGAAUAUAAAGGCUCUCAUUCCUCUCCCCAGCUACAAUUCACAUAACAUAAAUAAACAAAUUCAUUUUUGUGUAAAUUGUGUCACCAUGUGAAACAAAUCUAGGUAAAACUUCACAAUAUGGUUCCAUUUGUUAACAUUAGUUAACUACACAGAUAACGAACUAAUAAUGAGCAACCAUUUUACAGCAUUUAUUUAUCAUAGUUUGUUCAUUUUAACAUAUACAACUUUUAAUUGUAAAAAUGCAUUAGUAUAUGUCAACAUUAGUUUAUGCAUUAUGAAAUAACAUGAACUAACAAUGAACAAUUUUAUUUUUAUAAACUAACAUUAACAAAGAUUAAUAAAUGCUGUUAUAUAUAUAUAUAUAUAUAUAUAUUGUUCAUUGUUAGUUCAUGAAACCUCAUGCAUUAACUAAAGUUAACAAAUGGAUCCAUAUUAUAAAGUGUUACCCAAAUUUACAAUGAAAAAAGAGCCAUUUUAUGACAUUUUUACAAUGUAAGACUAACCCCUUAAUCUGCUGAUGUCCUUCACAGAUAUAGGUUCUUCAGGGCUGGACAAACACAACUUUGUCACAAAGGUGUCAGAAUAAUUGUAAUAUAGUACCAUAGCAUAUAUUACCCAAAAUCCAUUAUUUUAUCUGUACCUAACCAUAUUACCCAUGGAUUCCACAAUUUGUAGUGUUGCUAAAAAGCAUUGUUUUUUAAUCUAAUAAAAUCUGAUUUAAUUAUAUCAGAUGCCAAUAUAACACUGCUAAAAUGCUAACAAUGUUGCAGGUACAACACACACAAACACACACAAAUCAUCCUAGAUUCUUUACAUACACACAUAAAUGCAUCUAGAUGUGAACACAUCUUACAUACAGUAGCCCCAGAGAGGUUGGGUGGGAAUGCAAACUGGAAUGGCAUGGUGUCAUGUUACGUGAACAUCUUUGUCAUUGUGUAGCUGGGGAUACAUGAGACUCUCUUAUCUUCUGAGCUCAAUGCCCUCCAUCAUGAAUAAGGGCCCUGAAUAACAUACAGGUCAAAUACUUGUCUGAUCAAAUGAAUGUGCCUUUGCUGUGGUUGAGAAUUUGUAUAAAUAUAGCACUCACUGGCCCAAGAAAAAUAGAAAACAUGAGUAUCUUGACAAAUUAUAAGGAAGUGAACACAACGCAUGAUAUAUCCAAAUCAACCUUAUCAAUAAUAUAACCAGCCUUCGGAAUAUAAGGAUGAUUACAAUGCAAAUGAAAGAACAUUGUGAUGUUUGCACUGUAAAUACAGGGGUAUGCAAAGGAGUGAGGAGAGACCGACAACUUCUGAGGCAGACAUUGAGGGUUGUGUCAGGCCAAUUUGUUAAUAAAAUGAUGAAUUUGACUUGUUUUUUCUGUCUGUUUCAACAACAGGAAAUAAACAUCUAGAUUCUA